AUGACCACCAAUGCUCUGCACAUGCCAGCGGUUAGCAAUCGCGAUUACAAGCUCUAUGCCAUCAAUUUUCAUACGAAUUCACUAUAUUCGAUACGCGAUGAGUUCACGAAACGCGUGCAAUCGGGUAUGCGAAGACGUGUUAUGAUAAUCGAUUUGGAGGAGGAGGCGAAAAUGCUAGCUUUGAAAGUUCGCAAUACCAAACGCUUUGACGACUUCGCUGUUGCCACGGAGGCUAUCGAACGCUGCCGUCGCGAAUAUAUGCAGGCCUCCAAAAAAAUUGCUGAUGAGCAGAAAUUUAGUUUAAUCAAUUUCUGGAUGGAAAAUCUCAAUGUGCCCACUGGUGCCAGAUUAUCAAAAAAUGGAAGCGCCGCAAGCAAAAAAGGGCAGGCGAAGUCGCCGAAUGUGCCCGAAAAGUCCAACAGACCUCAAAAUAGAGCAAAAGGUUCGAAUACGGCGCUUGAAAACAAGUCUGUCAUUAGCCUUCCUGUGUGUCCACAAUUAGCGCCAAAGCAGCACAAUACUAUCGGGCGUCCACCGCUGCUUUCAAAGAAGCUUUACAUACAAGACGAACCGGAAAAUUCAAAGCUCUACAUAGUACUCGUUGGCGAUAUGGACAAUGACUUUUAUGUAAAACUGUUAAGCAACAACCAACCACUGCAGGCUAUCGUGCACUUUCUGCCCGAAGAAUGCGGUUAUGAUAUAUUACUACCGCAUCCGGAAACCAAAGAAUUGCUUGCAAAAACCCUCGAAGAAAUACAGCUAGACAUCUACGAAAUGCGCGCAUUCGCCAUUACAAAGCCCUCUGGUUACAUGCAACAUUAUUUACCCGUAAUCUCGCGCUGCCUCGCUGAAAAGUAUACACAGCAAAUUUACGAUCAACUCAGCCACUACUUGUACGACAUCGAAUUGUUACAGCAACAAUACCUUCGCUACUAUAUCGAGCCCUUCCAACUAACCAAUGUCGCAAUGCCACAGGACGUGAAUGUAGAAGGACUAAAAGAAAUCGCCGAGUCGCUGGCCAUGCAAGGCACAUACUUAACUCGACCAUUGCCCGCAGUGGCCAGCGAUGGUGCCACGAUCACCAUCUACUUGGAGGGGCUGCUGAAUCAAAUAGCGCAACGCGUGCGCAAACUCACGCCCCAACAAGCACAGCUCACUACACUGCCGUAUAAAAGUACGAGCCAAAUAGAUUUAGAUGGCGAAUUGCGUGAUGUCUACAACACAGCUUUCAAUAGUAUUUUGAAGGUGAAACACUUUGAACGUCUAUGCAUUGCUGCGAAUAACCGAUUGUUGCACGAGCUCCUGCUGUAUACGAACACCGACUCCUUCGAAACGAUACACUACACCAGUUUGGAGUACAAUGCAAUGCGCACAUACAUGGAUGCCACUUGCAGAAAGAACUUCUGCAAAGUGCAGGCGUUCGAUGAACUCGCUGAGCGGGACUCUUAUCUGCUGCCAUGUUAUGGAAAGCUCUACUUCGGCGAAAAUGUAGUGAAUGAUCAUUUACUGAAUUGGCUAUCGGAAUAUAGCAAUUAUGUUGUGGAUGAAAUUAUGCCCGGCUGUAUGUUGUAUCACUUCAAGUGCGCCUACAAUGAAGUGAGCGAGGAGCAGCAGGUUGUGCUGUUGCCAUCACCAUUAUGCUUUCGCGAUUUCACACUCUUCCAAAUGGAAGAGUUUCUUGAUGCUUUGGUAACACCGGAAAUGAUAAAUGCACGACACCAAGAAAUUUACGCGCCCACGCAAAGUUUCGUGGAACGAAGCAAAGUGGAGAAUACUGUUAAGGGAUUAAAUAUGUCAAUAUUCAUACGUCCCACGUCGCUAAAAUGGCAAAAAGUCGAAGCUUAUAUGGGCAAACAAAUGGGACAAGCUGCUGGCCCACCACCUAUACCUGAACUGAAUUCACGUGAAAAGACAACACUGAACGAGUCUGCGAACGAGACAGAAAAGCCCGGAUUGCCACUCGACCACCCGCUGUUAAAGGGUUACAACCUUGAAGAUAUACGUCAAGAGAUACAGAUAAAGAACUCGAGGUACUACUUUGAGGAAGGCGGCUUGGAAUUAUACGAGGAGCGUUGGUGUUUCACAGAUAUGAACAAGAAUUUGAUUUUCAAAGUUAAUGGCAAUGUGUUCAACAUCUUUCGGCCACGCUUUUGGAACACCUGCAUCUCACCUUGCUUACGAUUUACCAACAAGAAUAACGUUGCUGUACGCGUGCUAAAUAAAGAAGCCGAAUGUGCAAAAGUUGUCAUCAAUUAUCCCAAUGGUUUGGCUAUUUAUCACAAUGAGACUUAUGUCGAUCAAGAAUGGCAUACGGAAGAGACGGUCAACAGGGAGAAGCAACGCAUGUACGUACCAGAAGGUGCGGUUAUUGUCCACUAUCAAAGCGAGGAUUUAAUUAUGGUGUUGCGUUAUAACGGCGAAGUUUACCGUUUGUACCAAUAUGAACUUGCCGAAGGCGAGGAAGAAGCCAUCGACGAAAUGACCGAAGAACCGGAUUCUUCAAUAAAAAUAGAGCCGAGAGAUAGCACAGCAAACAAGGAAACGACACAACGAAUACAACAGGAUAGUAAACAGGAGAAAGAAGCAGGGUAUGAAAGAGCCAAAGAAACAGUGCAAGAAACGGAUAAAGUUAAAAGCAAAAGUGGAAAAGCCGCUCUCAAAGAAUCAGUACGUACGCGCGGCGGCGCAGUGUCAGCGAAGAAGAAUAAAACCUCAAAGGUGCCAGAACAGCCAUCAUCCCAUCGCACCGUAGAGUUGGAAGAGCCCGUUAAACGAAAAGCUGCAAAGGAAUUGCUUAUUGAGUCUAUCAACAAUGAACUAAGAUUUGUCAAUGAGUUAUCCGAUAAAUAUGACCUGAAGUAUUUGCACCUCAUUGUGACCACCUCAAUGGGAUUUAUUAUUAACCUAACACAUCGCGGAAAGGUCUACAGAGGACACUCCCAGCCUACGCUGGAAUGGCAUGAUUACUUUGCCAACGAGAGCUACGCCCAACGCGCCGAUGGUGUCCGCAUGAUCUGGACAGUAGACUCAUUAAAGUGUUACCACGAAGAUGGCACACUCCUGAUAACAACGCUGGCUGAGAAAAUCGAGUUAUUCAGCUUUGAAGCAGAUACCGCACUGACGUUGAGCUCUUCACACUUAGAAGAAGAAUAUGGUGAUGGAGACUUUGAUGACUUAUUGACCAGUCACAUACUGAUCGAUGGUCGCCACUCCAAGGGUACCUCAUUCACUGGCAAAGCGGAUACGAAACCAACCAUCGCAUCUCCACGUAUCUUUCCAACGUUGUCACAAUAUUUGGUCAAUGGUGGUGAAGGCGAAGAAGGGGGCAGAGUUGAAGAUCCCUCGUAUGUAACAUAUCGCAUGGCCAGCUUUAAUAUGCUACAUAAAAAAUAUGCUGAAGUAAAUUUCGAGCUAUAUGAAGUGCCAGUAAAUGAUAUUGUCAUUAGCAUAACAGCCAUUGACGGUAUACGUGCCUAUAUAUAUAAAAUCAUACCCGUAAUCGAUGGUCAACAUGUGGACGAAUACACGGAGAUACCAAACUUUACCACCAUAAUGGGUGACAGUGCCAGUGGCAAUACACAGAAGCAUCUGCCAGCACACAUUUCAACUUUUCGUACCAAAAGUAGUUCAUUUCACACGGAUGGCAUUGAGCUGCACACUUCUGUUGAUUUGGAUCAGACGAUCGAGCAGGAGAUUAUCGUGCAGACAGUAGUAAAAGUUAAUUGUGGUAAUGAUUUCACUAUGUCGACUACCGAAGAUGCGUGUGAACUCACAAUGGAUUUGGAACGUUACGAUGCGGCAAUGGGCAAAGUGCGCGAUACUCUCGAAAUACAUUUCGAUUACAUGAAAAAUAUUACCGAUCUCUUUCAAUACAUCGUCGAUCAGAUAUCGCAAUUUAAGAAUUAUCAAAGACCCAAAUCGAGAGAGUUUUACUUUUUGGAGCAUCAGAAUGCGGAUUGUCAUGUAACAGGCCUCCGCUUUGUUUUUGAUCUACCAAAACCAACUGAAUAUAGCUUUUCAGCUAGCAAUACAUUGACGGAACUCAAAAAACUCAAGAACAUUAAUGAACUAAUGACAAACGAUUAUCCUUGGUUCGUUAAUGAUAUGAAGAAAUUUCCACGAUUUACUUUUAAGAGAGAACGUGUACCACCGAUAAGUGAAACGUUUCCGCUCGUUCUGACGGCAAAGACGUUUGUGAAGAUUCCGCCACAGCUCUGCAAUACGGCUGAGAUACACAAAUUUGUGGAGCCCAUUGAAGACUUCACCUUCAAACAAACGCAACGAUACUUGAAGGAUGCUAUCGAGUACUAUUUACGACCGCGUAUUCGCACUGCGUUGGCGAAACUCUGGAGUACCAAUAACUGGAAAUUAAAGCUUGAAGGUCAUAAACGGCGGCUCUUCCGCGAACAACAACGCACUAUGCUAUAUAAAGCGAUGCUACAGCAUCGCGUUUUUCCCAAAUACAAUCAAUUCCGUCAAGACUUCUACGGCCACGUCAAGAAUAUUGACUUUUUUCAAUUUGUUAUACAACGUUGUUAUAAGCCGGAAGAACAAAUAGAAGAGGAACGAUUAGUAGAUCAGAAACAGUCACCUAAAGAUAAACGCUCGAAAGGAGAUACAAAUAGGGAGAAAUCUCCAGUGGACACAAUUGAGCCACAAAACUCUACAACGGAUGGAUUACAAUUGAGAUAUUCCAGGGGAAAAUAUCAUGUUCGAGCCACACCGAAAUGUAUAACCACCGUAACACAUACUACAGCAAAUCUUGAUAUUUGA